UUUUGGACCAAUGAUUUGGAUAUUAAUAUAAGUGAUGACAGCAUUGGAUUCAAUGAUUGACUGCAACGACAGCGCAUGCAUUCAAUCAAUCAAAACAUACAUUGAAUGUAAAGACCGGUUAUUUACUCUUCAAAUCAAAUGAUGUCUUAAAGUAUUUAUCACUGAUUGCCGACAAAACUAGUGGUCAUCACAACAGACAUGAACCACACCAUCGAUGAAUCAAAUGAUGUAUUGGCAGCGCUGAAGAACUCGUCAAAAGGACGGCUCAGUUAUGACCGAAACUGGAAGGAAGAGCGACGGACACAAGAUAUUAUCAGUGAAGUCAAACUGAAGACAUCUGCUAUUACCAUAAGUCCUAAAGUGUCGACCAUUGCAUCCGAAAACACGAAACCGAAGAGUCGCGCCAAAUAUCGGGUGAUCUCCAGUCCGACUAACGAACCGACAAAUGGAUUUAAUUGCAACUUAAAUGACGAUAAUAUUAAUAACAAAAAUGAAGUAUUCAUUAAUAAGAACUCGAGUAACAAAUUGAACGAAUCAAUCACCGAAUUAGAUCUAAUUAAUUAUGAAAAACAACGACAAGAAUUGGUUUCUCAAGAGUUGAAUAAAAAGAUUAAUAAUUUAAAUACUGAGUUCAAUAAACAUAAAGAAGAAUUCGAUGAAGAGUUGAAACUAAUUAGACAGAAGUAUACGUUGGAUGCCAUCAAACGUAUUAAUUCGUUUGCCGACGACUACAAGGCAUUGAAAGACAGUAUUUCCAACAAACAGAUGAGUUUUGAAGGCAAUUCAGUGACCGCUUCCUCUAAACUAAAAGAAAUCGAAAGUAAACAACAAAUGCUUAUUGAAGAACAGUUACGAAAGCAAACAGAAGUGAGACGAAAACAAUUGGCAAUAAUAAGGAGUGAUAUGUUGUCUGCAAUUACAAGUGUUGAACAAUUUUGUAAUAAUUUAAAUAAUGUCAUAAAAAAUGAUCAAUACUUUCAUUUACCAAAACAAGAGUUUAAUUCGAUGAAUGGUUUGCUUCAGACAAUCGACAAAUUGAUGACAAAACCAGUGUUAAGUGAAUCGGACUUUGAAAACGCACAGAAUUUAAAGUCAAAUGUUAUUAGGAUUCAGAAAAAGAUAGUGUCAGACAUCGAGAUAUUGAAGCAAAAUAUUAAUCAACAAAAAGUAAAUCAAGUGAAACCAAUUGCCGAAGUGUCUGCUGAGUCAGUAAUCAAAACAAAUGAAACGUCCAGUGAGUCAAAGACAGACACAAUGUCAGAGUUUGUUGAUAUCAAAGCAUUCAAACAUUAUUUGACUCUUCAGAAACAAUUUAACGAUUUUGAGACAUCAUUUCAGACCUUUACAAACGAUCCGAGAUUUAAACAAAAGAAGAAUGAGUUGACAUUGUUUGUGAAGACGACAAUCAAUACGAUAUCGUGUGAAUCGGUUGAUCACAUUCGCGACAAAUUGAAUCGUUUGACAAUAUUAUUCAACGAGAAAUCCGUCGAAUACGGCGGUAAACAGAUUAGUUGUUCACAAAAAGAUGGUUCACUUAAUUUUUGCAUCAGUUUGACCACAAAGAUGUUUAUUAGUGUUAGCACUAAACAGAAAGAUAUUUCCCUAACGAUGGCUCCUAUUAUUGUACUUUUGUGGUCACGUUUUCCGAUAUUCGGUCAAAUAUUUUUAGCUCAUAUGCAGGACAGGUGUCCGUAUUUAGUGCCUUAUUAUCCGAAACGCGAUUCAGCAGAAAAUGAGACCAAUUAUCUGAUAGCUUGCGGUUUUACUGUAGCUAAAGAUGGAAUACCAGAAUCUGAAGAGACAUUCAUCAACAGAAUGCGAUCACUCGUUAAACUCUAUUCGGCUGUUAUUCAGUGCAACAUUCAAACUAAUCAUCCGCACGAUCUGAAGCACGCGUGGAUUUGGGUGUCGCGCCUCCUAAAUCUCGAGCCCAGACCUGCCAUCACGGCUGCCGUUUUGGAAUCGUUUCUUUCAAUUACAGCUCACAAAAUGUAUCGCUUUUAUGGCAAACAAUUUAUCAAAUUAUUGAACUUCAUUGUCAGUGAUUAUCUCAAACGUAUCGAAACUAUUUCACCGAAAGGCACUAAAAGACAGUCUUUAGUCAAACUUCAGAUGUUUUGCGAAGAGUUUAUGAAGAAAAUUCGUCGCAAUGUUAACCAUAAAGAUUUAGCGCCCGAAGGCUUGAUUCCCGACUAUUUCUUUCAGUCGACGUAUAGCUUUUCAAGAGGAACAUCAUUUUCGAGGCAGUGA